AUGGGCCAUUACGAUUCCGAACCCGACUGCAAGAAACCCUGGCUUGAAACACCUUUGAUCGAGUCGGUGGCACUUUCAGAGGCUGCCGGAUGCCGGAUCUUCCUCAAAAUAGAGACGCUCCAGCCGUCUGGCUCGUUCAAAUCACGGGGCAUUGGAAACCUGAUUCUCUCAUUUGUUUCUGAUCCUUCAAACCACGGCAAAUCUCUGCACUUUUUCAGCUCCUCGGGGGGCAAUGCGGGGCUCGCAGCGAUCGUGGCCGCUCGAGAUCUCGGGUUUCCCUGUACUGUCGUUGUGCCCCUCAGCACGCAGCCUAUGAUGAUCGAGAAACUACUCGCUGCAGGUGCUUCAGAUGUCAUCCGUCAUGGCGCCACUUGGUUCCAAGCGGACACGUAUCUGCGACAGACGUUUAUCGAAAAUCAAGACACGUCUGACUCCUCGGCUAGGAACUUUUAUGUCCCGCCAUUCGAUCAUCCUGUCAUCUGGCAGGGUGCGGCGACUCUGAUUGAUGAGAUAGUUAAGCAGUUACCUCCAAAAUACAACAGGGAAAUCGAAAGCUCUUGCUCGUUCCCGGCAGAUGCGAUCGUUUGCAGUGUCGGUGGGGGUGGGCUUUUGAACGGGAUUGUCGAGGGCAUUGAGAGGCAUUUGCCAGCUUUUCAAAAGACAACGCUUUCCGAGAAAGCGGCGAAAAAAGUUCGAGUUCUCGCUGUUGAAACAGCUGGGGCGGAUUCGCUGGCUUAUUCGCUAAGCAAGGGAUCUUUGCAAUCUCUGUCUGCAAUUACAUCGCAGGCAACCACAUUGGGGGCCCUCUGUGUGGCACCGCAGGCGUUCAAACACGCGCAAUCCCCUCCAGCCGGCAUUGAAGUCACUAGUGUCGUGGGAACGGAUGCUGAUGCUGCGAGGGGAGUUGUGCGGUUAUGUGAUGAAUUGCGGUUGGAGGUCGAGCUGUCUUGCGGAAUCAGUGUCCAAGUUGGCUUGGAUAGGCUGCAGGAAGUCAUGCCCGAUCUAACACCGGAGAGUCGAGUUGUGAUAAUUGUUUGUGGAGGAAGCGGUAUUACUCCGGAAAUGAUUACAGAUUAUCGCCAGAAGCUUGAGAAUGGUUGGAAAUGA